AUGUCGGCCAAGAGCGUACUAAUCCUAGGCGGGAACGGCAAGAUCUCAAAAUUCCUCACUCCCAUCCUGCUAAAUAAGGGAUGGAGUGUCACGAGCGUCAUCAGGAGUGAGGAUCAAGUGGCAGGCAUAAAGGCACUUGCGCCAUCAUCAGCCAGCCAGCGCCUCAAGGUCCUCGUCCACAGCGUCGAGGAUGUGAAGAGUGAGAACGAUGCCAAGUCAGUACUGCAGGAGACAAAGCCGGACUACGUCGUGUGGUCGGCUGGUGCUGGCGGGAAAGGACCUGCAUCGCGAACAUUUAGUGUGGAUCGAGAUGCAGCCAUCUACUUUAUCAAGGCAUGCGCCGCAUCAUCCACAGUCAAGCGUUUCCUGAUGGUCUCAUACCUCGGCUCGCGCCGCGGCAAGCCCUCGUGGUGGGACGACGAAUCGUGGGCUGCCAUGCAAAAGGUCAACACCGAGGUGCUGCCCAAGUACUACGAGGCCAAGAUUGCCGCCGACGAGGUGCUGUACCGAGAGUCGCGCGCCCGCGGACGGGACUUUGUCGGCAUCAACCUGCGGCCGGCUACGCUCAGCGACGAGCCGGCGGGCAAGGUCGAACUGGGAAAGACUAGCAAGGCUACCGGCAACGUGAGCCGGGCCAGCGUGGCCGAGGUGGCGGCGGAGCUGCUGGCGCUGGAGGACGACGCGAUUGGUAACUGCUGGAUUGAUUUGAUGGAUGGACAGGACGAGGUUGCUGCUGCCGUGAGGAGGGUCGCCAAUGAAAAGGUCGAUUGCGCCGAGGAAGAGCCUGUGUUUGAAGAGAAGUAG